UUUUAAACACCACAUAGACUUUCGCUUGGAACUUGCAUUUGUUCAGUUCCCAGCCUGCAGGAUUCAGCCUCUUCUGUCUGUGUUAAUUUCACGACUGGGAAUGUGCAUCUCUGCUUCGCUUUCCUAGAGCACUGGGGGAGACUAGGGAUUUGGGGGGACUGAGGACAGGGUAAAUUGCAGUCUCCUGCUUCUUUGCUUGUAGAUUUCCCCUCCCUGUGCACCCCUUGCCUUCUCUCUCUGCUCUGUUUGGGGGCUCAGGUUUAGAAUAUCCUUGCACAGAGGAAUCAGUGAGUGAGACAUCUCUCAGCUACACAAAUUGGCUGCCUAGUUGCUUGCUGCCUCGAGGAAGUUUCUCCAGUACCUGACGCUUCGUGGUGAGGAGAGUGAGGUAGUGACGGACCUACCCCAGCCCCUGUCUUGGCUCCAAACCAGGAGUGGCUUUUCUCUCUCUCCCCUUGGGUGGAGAUUCUGGAUUAAAACAGCGAAAUGAACGGGACCUUUUUCAACCAGACUGUCAUGGAGCAAGGAGUUUAUUCCAACAGGACCCAGGACCUGGGCACUUUGAUGGGUUGUUGCAACGGCACCAGCUCGGUGGUGGCCAGCGAUGGCGGGUCGUCCAUCCUGUUGCCCGAUGAGAGGAGCCUCUACAUUACGCGGGUGGUCCAGAUUGCUGUACUCUGCAUCCUCUCCUUGACUGUGGUGUUCGGGAUCUUCUUUUUGGGCUGCAACUUGCUCAUCAAGUCGGAGAGCAUGAUUAACUUUUUGGUCAAGGACCGCAGACCGUCCAAGGACGUGGGAGCUGCCAUCAUGGGGCUGUACUGAGAGGAUCCCGGGAGUCUGUAGGCAAGCGAACGGUAUGGAAUUCCGGUCGAGAGGUGCAAUCCCAUGCACAUGGGGGGGCCGGGUGUGGAAUCCGGACUUCUUGCAACCUGCUGGUGUACAGGGUAAAUCAACCCUCCUGUGUUGAAUGAAAUACGUGCUGGCGAAAGGGACGGAGACAUCUUUCCGGCUCUGUGUGAAGCACAAAAAUAAAAUUGUCAUCCUAAUGUUGCAUGCCGAAAUGUUUGACGUUUUGCAUGAAAACUUGCAAAAACAAAGUGAAGGUUUGGAAUCUUUUUGGCUGUUACCUUGAAUACUGUUACCUGUUUCUUAAGGCUUUUUUUAAAAAACCAAACAAGUGAAAUGUGGUGUGCAAGCCAAUUCAAUGAAAUGUUUGUGGGGGCAGGGAAAGUGGGGUGCUCUUUGGGUCUUAAAGCCAAGACUGCAUGCUAAUGAACGUGCCUGUCUGUUUCUAUUUUCGGACCUCAAGCAUGGAUCCUUUUGUAAAUCAAGUGUUUUGUAAUUGGGAAAAACACGUUCUUUUUGUGGUUUGUUUUUAAAUGCCUGAGAUCUCCUCGUCCAUGAACUGGGCGUUUCUUUCAUUUAAUUAAAUCUACUUAUUUAUUGACACUAUAUUGAAGGAAGAAAAGGUAAAACAAAAGCAUGGCUUUGUUUUGGGACCUUUUUCGAAUGCAACAUUGUUAACUCCUUGGGGUUUUUUUUUUUCUUUUUGUAGUUUUGAAAACCAGUGAAAGUUGAAAAAAACAAAAACCUGUUUCAAAUGA